AUGUCUGCCACUACUUCCCCUGCUCCAUCUUUUGAUUCUCGUGAACCUCGUGAACCUCGUGUUCAAAAACGUUUCAUUAAAGGUCCUGAUAAUAAAGCUCGUGAUGAAAUCAUUAAUAAAUUAAAUAAAGAAAUUAAAGCUAAAGAUUUAACUCUUAAUGAAAUUAAAGCUCAAAUUUCCAAAACUACAACUGAUCCAAAAAUUAAUGAAGAACGUAAAAAUUUAAUUGGUGAAUUAAAUGAAUUGAAAAAAACUCAAGCUGAUUUUAAAGGUAAACGUGAUUUAAUCAACUCCAAGAUUAAAGAAGUUGAUUCUCAAUUAAAAAAGAAAAUUUCUGAAGUCCAAUCUGUUACUUCAAAACAUAAUUAUAAAUCAACUAAUGAUAUUGAUAAUGAAAUUAAAAAAUUAGAAGAUCAAAUCUCUUCAGGUGAUUUAAAAUUAGUUGAAGAACGUUUAGCCAUCAAAAAUAUUACUCAAUUACGUAAAUUACGUAAAGAUUUUAAUGGUAUUCAAUCUCAACAAAAAUUAAUUGAUCAAGAUAAAGAAAAAAUUUCAAAUUUGAAAAAAGAAUUAUCAAGUUUAAAUUCCAAGGAAGUUUCUGCAAAAUUUGAAUCAAUUCAAAAACAAUUAGAUGAAUUAUCUUUAUCAAAUAAAUCUGUCAACGAUAAAAGACAAUCAUUAUAUGAUCAACGUAAUAAAUUACAAAAAGAAAAAGAUGUCUUGUAUAAUUCAAUUAGAAAAACAAGAUCUGAUUAUGAUGAUCAAUACAAGAAAUUUAAAAAAGCUUUACAAGAUGAAAAAAUUCGUGUUGCCACUGAAGAAGCUAAAUUAAAAUCUGAAAAAGAUAAAGCUGAACGUUCAUCAACAAAAGCAAAAAUCUUGUCAGAAGCUUCAAAACCUGCAUUCACUGAAGAAAUCAAAACUGUUGAAUCUUUAUUAACUUUCUUUGAUCCAACUUUUGUUAAAUCAAAAACUAAUGAUGCUUUACAAUCAAAAACUUUUAUUACUGAAAGAAAAGGUAGAGUUAUUGAACAACUUGAUGAUGAUUUAAUCAUCAAAAAGGAAGAAACACCAUUCUUUGCAGGUUCAAAUGGUUCAUCAAAGGGUAAAAAGGGUAAAAAAUCAGCCGCUGCUAAAAAAUUCACCUUGGAACCAACAAUUAUCACUCAAUUAGGUGAUUUAGAAAUUUCAUUACCAACUUCUCAAGAUGAUGUUUCAAAAACUAUUGAAUCAUUAAAAUUAAAAUUAGAUGAAUAUUUAAAAACUCAAGAUGAAGUUACCGCUAAGAAUAUUGAAUCUGCAAAAUUAGAAAUUUCAAAAUUAGAAUCAAAAUGGUCAAAACAAGAUGCUAAAGAAGCUGAAUUAGAAGCUAAAAAAAAUGCUGAAACUAAUAAAGAAAAUGAAGACGAAUCAAAAGAAGAUGAUGUUAAAGAAGAAUAA